GCUCGCUGGGUGAUCGGGGCUGGUCCCUUGUCCUCUCUGGACCUCGAUUGAUUUGUUUGUCCAGUUGGCAAAAGAGUGGCAAGCUUCGGGGGUGGGGCACCGAACGGGUUGGAAUCCAGGCCCUGGCGAGUGCUCCCUGUAGGCGUGUAGGCAAGUCACUUCUGCCGUAGACCUCUUAAAUGACAGCUUAUGUGGAUGGUCUAUACAGAAAAGGCAGCCUGGCGUUUUAGAGUUUGCCUGGAGGCUGGAGUCCUGGGUUCAGAUCCUGCCUCUAGGACUUAUUAACUACCUGUGUGACCCUGGGCGAGUCACUCCACUGUUUGGUGCCUCAGUUUACCCAUCUGUAAAAUAAAGGGGAUGGACAUUUACAUAGCGCCUUAAAGGUGGCAAAAUACUUCAUGAAUUUUCACCCAUUUGAUCAGCUCAGACCACUCUAGCAGGUCUCUCACACAGCUAAAAGAUGUCACGAACCAACCCCGUGGUGAGCUCUCUGGGGGCAGAUGCUAAGGUGGAGGGUGAUUUGGAUUUCGGCCCAAGAGGAACCAAAGUGACCCUGGGGAUCAAGGCCAAGGCCAGGUCUUUGAAGAAAGACACAGCUGGGAUGCACCAGCCUCCGAAAGGCCUGAGGAGCAAAGUGCCCUCCGUCCCUUGGCGGCGGGCACCAGGUAAAGGGCAUCAGCCUCCGGAUCAGCUCUCGUACACUUGGAACCGUGGGGGCCGCUUAAGAGAAUUGCGCAACAGAUGUCUGGCCAGAAAGUUCUUCUUCUUGUGGGCGCAGCAGACCUUCGGAAGAGUCCUUCCCUCGAGAGCCAGGCACCACUAUGAGACGAGGCUCCUGCAGAAAACCUUCGAGGACUGGAGAGAAGAGUGGUGGGUCGUCCGGCGAGAGUGGAAGCUCAGGGUCCGAGCAGACUGCCACUACAGAUAUUCCUUGUACAACCUAAUGUUCCAAGCCUGGCAGACCUAUGUUCGUCAGCGACGAGACAAGAAGAGGAAAUACCGCAGAGCAGAGUAUCACGCGGCCAAGCAGAAGCUGUGGCCAGUCUGGAAACACUGGCUCAUCUAUGUCGACGUUCGUCGGACCAAACGUGAGAUGCGCACCUUGGCGCAGGAAUUCAGGCAGCAGAGUAUUCUCCGAGUGCCUUGGAGAGUGUGGAGGCGGCAGGUGCAGAAGAGCCACAUGGGCCGCGUGAUGGACACUGUGGCGCUGCAGCACUGGGGUGUCAGCCUGCAAUUCUGGGCAUGGUCUCGGUGGCAGGAGCAGUUUCUUCAUGUCCAGAUCAUUAGGAAGAAGGAAACCGAGGCAGCAGGGCAUUACGUGCACCAAGAACGACGGAGGGCCCUGACGGCGUGGAGGGGCUACCUGCAGGGCCGCAGAGAGAAGCGACGCCAGGCACAGUUGGCUGGAGAAUUCCACUGUGCCAUCAUGGCCCGGACCAGCUUCUCGGUCUGGCGGGUGGCCUGGGAGCAGAGGAAGCUCCUUCGUGCGCACCAGGCGCGGAUCAAGGCACUGGCGGCCCGGAUCACCCUGCGGCAGGCCUUCGAGCGCUGGAAACGCUACGUGCUGAUUUCUGUGGAGGACGCUGCCUUCCAGGACGUGGCAGAGAAGCACCAUCGGCAGCGGCUGGUGUUCAGCUGUUUCAGGGCCCUGAAGGACAACGUGAAGAAUUCCCGUCUCCACCGCUUAAGGAAGAAUCUGGCUCAUGGGCAGUAUCAAGCCGUGCUCGUGCAGAGGUUCUGGCGCCGCUGGUGUGCUCGAGCAGAACAGAGAGAGGAUGAGAGGCAGCUGCCCCAGCUGCUCCGUGCUCAUGGCCACUGCAGGGAAGCCCUAUUACAUAAGUGCCUCCAGCUGUGGUCACAGAACGCCCAGGAGAGCAGACGCAAACAGAUGCAGUCCGCCAAAGCUAAUCACCACUAUCGGAGCAGAAACCUGUCCAUCGUCUUUGAGGCCUGGAAAAGCUUCAGCCGCCAGCAGCGGGAGCAGAGGGCGAGGCGGGCGGAGGCUUCCAGCUUUCACAGGGAGUUGGUGACGAGAUGGGCAUUUGAUACAUGGUGGCAGAAGAUGUGUCUUCAGCGAGAAACCCGAUUGUCUGAGAGAACAGCCAUCCUCCACGCUGAGCGGCAGGUGCUUCGGCAGUACUGGUCCACAUGGCGCUGGCGGGCAGCCGAGGUUUCCAUGGAAAGAGGGGGCCAGGCCACGGCAUGUGCCCAUCACCGCCAUAGACAGCUGCGGAAGACUUUCUGGAUCUGGAAGGAAAACCUUCGGGCCCUCCAAGCCCAGCAGGCCGGGGAGAUGAGGGCUGCAGUGUUCAAUUCGGAUCUGCUCCUACGCUUGACCUGGAGCAAGUGGCGAGAGUACAUGGCCCUGCAGAACGUGAAGUGGCAGAAGGUGGCUCGUGCCGAUCGUCAUUACCGUCAGGUGCUGCUGCGCAGGGCCUUGGCCGCAUGGAUGACUUAUCAGGGCAGGGUCAAAGCCAUCCUGCGCCAGGUGGCAGAGAGAGAAGAUCAGCAUCACCGGGAGCUCUUGUGGUGGGUGUUUCAUCUCUGGAGAGAAAACGCCGUGGCCCAGAUGGAGGAGGCCAGGAAGACGUUCCAGGCUGAGGAGCACUACAGAAGAGCCAUCCUUUGGAAGGUGACCAUCCAUUGGAGGGACACAGCAUCGCUGAGGAUAUACUCCCGGCAGCAGGACGAUGUGGCCAUCACGGAGGCCAGGAAGCGGUGGGAGCGAGGUCGUCUCCGAGCCUCGUUUCAGCGCUGGCGGGAACAUGGCCAGAGGGCUUCCCUGCACAGAGCCCAGCUGCAGCGGGCUGCUCAGCACCAUGGGAGGAGGCUGCUGCAGACCUGCUUGGCCCGCUGGAAGAAGUACCACUUGGCGUGUAUCCGGAAGAUGCUCCUGCAGAGGCAGGGUGUCCAGCUGAUGGCUCAGAGACUCAGCCGCUCCUCCUUCUCCAUGUGGAAGUGCCAGCUUGGGGAGAAGCAGCGGGAGCAGCAAGCCACCGUUCGGGCUCUCUGGCUUUGGUCUUUCACGCUGCAGGGAAAGGUUUGGGACGCGUGGCUGGGAUUUGUGCUGGAGCAGAGGAGGAAGAAAGCCCGGCUGGAGCGGGCCGCGCUGGCCUACCACGGCAGCCUGGUUCACGAGGGCGUUACCCGCCUCCUGAGGUUCGUGGCUGGCAUGAAGAGCUUCCGUGGGCAUUUCCACGCCCAGCACCAGGCCCAGGUGGCCCGCAAUCUGCACCAGGUUGUACAUCGGUGUGCUACACUCUGGAAGCACAAGGCCUUGGCCAAGGACAGAUCCUGCUCCCCAGCAGCUGCAUCCCAGAAGAGAGUGACAUUUGAGGUCCCCGUUACUGAUGCCCCCCCUACUGCCACCGGGGAAGCUGCUGUGGACGCAGAACAGUCAAGAGCACCUCAGAGACCCAGCGGGCAUUGGGGCUGGCCACUUCAGCUGGCUUCUGGAGACCCCUACCUCCUUGACCUGAACGUCGUCCGGCCUGUAAGGAAGCAGCCUCGUUGUCCCGACUUCCUCCUGGACUCUUUGGAGAGGGACAGCGCCGCUGGGCGCCUACGUCCUGGGCUUUUGGCAGAAACAGCUGUGCCCCUCUUCCCUGCCCAGCCUAGCCCCUCUGCCACUCUGGUGGCACCAGGACCCAGCAUCAGGACCUGCACAGAACCCAGGGGCCUCCCAAAGCCUCCUGGCCACAGGCCCCUCCACGCCGAGGCUACGCUGCCUCCCCCCUCCUCCACAGCAGGUGACCGAGACCUGAUAAAAAGUCCUGCCGUUGGGCUAGCUCCCUCUGAGCCGGGCCCCCGAGAGCCUGCGGCUAUUGCUGAGACAGGGCGUCCCCAGCCUGGUGGCCACCUGCUUCUUCCCGAGGACUUCCUAGGGAACAGUGGGAGGCCCAGUCUGGGCCUGGAAGCUUCAGGGGGCUCGCAGGCCGACACAGGCAGAAGGGGGCUGGGCACCCUGGGAGACGGCAGUGAGCUGGAGGCCGAGCUCGAAGAGAUCCAGGAGAAAUUGUUCAGUUACCAGGCCAACAAGGAAAGCCUCAGGUCCUGGCAGAGGCAGGCGAGCAGCCUCAGGAAGUGGUUAGCACUGAGCACGGAGGACCCCAGACCAGAGGAGGAGGAAGCAGGACGGCAGGUUCGGCAGGAACUUCACCAGGCGGAGACGCAGAUUGCCCAUCUGAUGGAGGAGCUGCGAGCCGAGCGGCAGCGGGUGCAGCGGUACAUGGCCCGCAUCCAGGUCCUGAGGGCCGCCUUCUCCUAGCUCCAGGUGCUCCUGGGAGCUCCUGCCACAGCACGCACCUCUCCCUUUCCCCUCCUCCCUCCCCUCUCUGGCAGGGGCCGAGGGGAAACACCCAUUUAUUGCGGUGGCUUGAUUUGGGGAGAACAUGUAAGAUACUAGGCACGCAAUAAGCAGUUGCAAUGUAUUUUUUUAUUUGAAAAUGUUUGCAAUUAAAUGAAUUACUGUUCCCGAA